CCCUUUCAUUCUUUCUUCCCAUUCAUCUUCAAGUUUCUUGCGUCUUAUCUUUUACUGCUUUCGAAUUUUUCUCGUUAGUUCUAUCGAGAAAGUGACUGAAAUGUUAUGAUGUGUGCUUGUUGUUUCCCCUGCUUUCUUUACAUGCUCAUGGGGUUAUGGUUUCUAAUUGCCUGGGCUUUAUCGAAGAGAUUUUUUGCGGGAAAUUAUGAUCUGGGUCGUUAGAGAUUUGAUGAUCAUAUGUGGUUUUGGCGAGAAUUUGCACGACAAAUCUAAAUUUGGAUGAUACUGGUCGGGUUUCAAUGUUUGUUCAUUGAGGAUUCUAUAUCAGCAUUUGAUAGUUUCUUUUGGGUCUUUUUGUGAUGAUUCUGUGCAGUUUAAUGUUAUGGGUCGUCAUUUAUAGCCGAACUUGCUCACACUAUUCAUUUCUAGGGUAGUUUUGGGAAGGGUAUCUUAUUUUUUAAGCAAAUGCACUUAUCCGCACACCCAAUCAUUGAAAAGAACAUGGUUAGAGUGAAUUAUAUUUAGUUUUGGGUUAAAAUUUUCUUCCAUCCUCAAGCGAACAGGAAAAAACUGUGGAAAUAAAUAACCCUUUGUUUAGGGAGACAUGGAUUAGAGGGCUUCUAGUAGGGAAGUAGUUAUAUUUAAAAAUGAUUAGGAGAAGGAUUAUAAUCACGUUGUUCACGUUUAUUUAGAGAAGAACUUGUGGAAACAGGGUUUUGGGAUUAAAUGUCAUGGGUUGGGAAUUGUUUUCAGUUGUAGGAUAAUCUUUUUUUUAAGAGGUACUCGGCAAGAUUAUGCCUAUUCUUCAAUCCUUUUCCUCGUGGUUGUGGACAUUCUUACUAGACGAGCAUCUACAGGAGUGGACAGAAUCUAAGGUUAUACAGGUCGCGAACAACAGGACCGCAGGACUCUUAAAUGGAUACUGAUGCUGCAUCUGAAGCAAGCACAUCUGUCAUUUGUGAUAACGUUAGUGUUCUUGGGGCAGAUGAACAUGACAGUAAUUCACGUGCUAGUGGAGAUGCAGCAAGUGGCAGUGAAGUAAUAACCAGGUUGGAAUUGGGUUUGGCACGUGCAUCAGAAAAGCUAGUAAACUUAAGUGUUCUCAUGAUGCAUAUUGCUACAAGGGAAAGUGAAUUUGAAGCUUUGGCGUCUGAGAAUGAACAUAUGUUUGACGAUUCUAUCGAAAGAGCAUCAGAAAUUGAUCUCCUAGCUGGAUUUUUAGAUUCAGAGGUGGAUGAAGUGGAUGGUUUCUUGGCUAGGAUCCAAACUGAUAUUUUCCAUGCUCCCGAACUGAUAUCUUUCUGUAAAAUCUCCAAAGAAACUUCCAUGUACCUGGAAGAAAAGUUGCAAGAUUCUGAAGAAUCCUUAAAACAAUCACAUGAACUGAUCUCUGAUAUUAGAAUUCAGUCAGCAAAGUUACAGAAGAACUUGCGUUAUUAUUAUAAUGGAAAUGACGGUAGGGGCACAGACUCACCAGACAAUAAUCAUUUGGUGGAGAGGAACCCUGUAAUAGACAUGCGAACAGCUGAACAUCAAAUACACAUUCUAAGGAUGCUGGAGAAAUCGCUGGCUAGAGAGAUGGAUCUUGAAAAGAAACUUAUUGAAACAAGUCAAAUCGAUGAUGAACUGCAACUGAGGUUACAUUCUUCACAACAAGAUGUUUAUUCUUUGGAGGAAGAAUUAGAAGAUAUUUGUGGGAGGGGUUUUGAGGCAGAAAAUUUAUCAGAGGUCCUCGUAGGUAUGUCGAAAGAAUUACUCGGUCGGCUUCAGCUUCUACAGUUAAAUGUAAAUGGUUCAAUGCAGAGGGAGGCUGAGUUGAAAUCAAAAUUUGAAGGCUUCAUGGAACAACUGAAAGCUAAAGAUUGUGAACUGCUUAAUUACAAGAACAUCAAUGCCGAGCUGAAGAGCACUUUACAUUCUCAAGCUAAUGACUUGAAUUCCAAACUGAGAGAAGCUGAAGAAAAUUUGAUUGUUGCCAAUUUUGAGACUUCCACGUUGAAGGAGAAGCUACACGAGAAACAGCUCAAGGAAUCUGAGGAAAUUGAAGCACUUAAAAGACAGUUGAGGGAAUCAGAAUUGCAACUUCAGCAGGCUGUGGCUUCUGCUGAAGCUAGUCAUGAGAAGCAAAGCAUGCUCUAUGCUACAAUAAACGAUAUGGAAAAUUUGAUCAGGGAUUUGAAAUUGAAGGCUGUGAAAGCGGACAGUAGAGCGGAUCACGCCGAGGAAAACUGCAUCCUAUUAUCUGAAUCUUAUGCAGAGCUUAAUGAGGAACUGAGGCUUGUUCGUGGUAAACUUGGUUGCUUGGAGACAUCUUUACAGCAGGCAGAGUAUAGAAAGAAGGCUUCAGCAAAAGACAUUGAUGUGCGCACUAAAGUUAUAACAAAUCUGGCUAUGCAAUUGGCUAUUGAGAGAGAUCGUCUUCAUAAGCAGCUUUCUUUUUUAGCAAUGGAAAACAAAUUGUUGACCAUGAAGUUGCAGCAAGCAAAUCAGGAUUCGGUCGUUACAGAUCACAGUGACGCCGUUGAAACUAAAGAAACUGCAUCCAAGCAAGAUUUUUCUACUGCUACCGCUACGACUACUACCUGUGCAAGAGAAAUCGAGGUAGAUGAGACGAUGUUCUCUGCUGCUGGUCGUGAGGGUGAUGUCUCUGAUACGGGAAUUUCUGCUGCCACUGGAUCUGACAUGGAGACCACAAGAAGAAUUGAUGUAGGUGUUUUGAGCUCAAAGCAUAUAUUUCUAGUACUGCCCCUUUUAAUCAUAAUUGCUGCAGUUUUCUUGUCUACACUUCAAGAUUAGAAACUUUACUGAACUAAAAACAGCCUCAUUGGUUAAGAAUAGGGUCAUUUCAAUCUGUAUCCUGAAGCACUAAAGAACUUAUUAACAGGGAGAUUGGCCAAAUUUUGGUGGCUGUAUAGAACUUCGUAACGUCCUUGGUUGAAACGGCCUUCGAGUUUCGUCGACCUUCAAUAUAAAGAUGAGAUGAGAACUGACUGAAAAUGAGGAAGUAGUGUGCUGCUAGGCUAACCAUAUGAUACUUACAUGGAUUGAUGAAUGGAGGAAAAGGAAGCAGUUGCUGUAACUUGAUUGCUAUGCUAGUUUUGAUCUCUCUCAUUUGUUUUUCUUUCUUCUUUCACCGCUUCUCCUCUCUGGAAAGUGGAAAAAAGACUGUUCAGUACUCAAUAUAAUAACAGUUCUUUUACUUCUAA